AUGUCGAGCGGAGCUGCCGCACCGGACCCGAACCGCAGGCGCAAGAUCCGCGUCACUGUCGUCGCCGCCGACUCGCUCGCCAAGCGCGAUGUGUUCAGGCUCCCGGAUCCGUUCGCCGUCGUGACUGUCGACGGCGAGCAGACCAUGACGACGACCGCCAUCAAGAAGACGCUCAACCCUUACUGGAACGAGUCGUUCGACGUCGAGGUCAAGGACUCGAGCGUCCUCACGGUCCAGAUCUUUGACCAGAAGAAGUUCAAGAAGAAGGACCAGGGCUUCCUCGGCGUCAUCAACCUGCCCAUCUCGAGCAGCGUCGACCUCGACCUCGGCGGCGAGGAGACGUUCACGCGCGACCUCAAGCGCUCCAACGACCAGCUCGUCGUCCACGGCAAGCUCAUCGUCCACCUCACGACCAACAUCAGCGGCGCCCCUCGCCAGCCCACGACGGCGCCCAUCACGGCGGCUUCGUCGUCCUCGGCCGCCGGCGCCGCGAGCGGCUCGACCUCGUCGCCGUCCUCGGCCCUCGCCGCCUCGACGCCGGCCUCGGCCUCGUCGUCCCGCCCCGAGCCGACGGGCGCCGCCGCGUCGAGCGCGUCGGUCGGUGCCGCGGCCGCCUCGUCGUCGUCGGCUCCGCCCAACGCGUCGACGCCCUCGGCGGCGGGCAACGCCGGCACGGGCACGACGCGCGAGUUCAACGCGCGCGAGGACCAGUACGGCCCGCUCCCUGCCGGUUGGGAGCGCCGUGUCGACCACCUCGGUCGCACGUACUACGUCGACCACACGACUCGCACGACGACGUGGACGCGCCCGAGUGCGGCGGCCGGCGCGAGCACCGGUGCGGCGGCGCUCGCGGCCAUGGGCGGCGGCGGCGGCGGCGGCUCGGCCGGCGCGGCGACGGCGGCUCAGUCGAACGCGGCGGCCCAGUCGUCGGCUUCGAGGGCGGGCGGCCGCACGACGGCCGACGAGUUCCUCGGCACGUCGGCCGACGGCGCGUCGCAGGGCGCGACGACGCCGACCACGGCGGGCGCGGGCACGCCCGGUGCGGCUGCAGCAGGCGGCGCCGCCGCUGCCGCCGCCGCCGCCGCAGGAGGAGCGCCAGGCGCGCCGGGCACGCAGGCGAGCUCGGCGACGACGCAGGGCUCGGGCCCGCUGCCGGCCGGGUGGGAGCAGCGGUUCACGCCCGAGGGCCGGCCGUACUUUGUCGACCACAACACGCGCACGACGACGUGGGUCGACCCGCGCCGGCAGCAGCUCCUGCGCGUCAUGGGCCCCAACGGCAACAACCUGACGGUGCAGCCCCAGUCGGUGUCGCAGCUCGGCCCGCUCCCGAGCGGGUGGGAGAUGCGCCUCACGUCGACCGCGCGCGUCUACUUUGUCGACCACAACACCAAGACGACGACGUGGGACGACCCGCGCCUGCCGUCGUCGCUCGACCAGAACGUGCCCCAGUACAAGCGCGACUUCCGGCGCAAGCUCAUCUACUUCCGGUCGCAGCCGGCGCUGCGGCCGAGCCCGGGCCAGUGCCACGUCAAGGUCCGCCGCACGCACAUCUUUGAGGACUCGUACGCCGAGAUCAUGCGCCAGACGCCCAACGACCUCAAGAAGCGGCUCAUGAUCAAGUUUGACGGCGAGGACGGCCUCGACUAUGGCGGCCUGUCGCGCGAGUUCUUCUUCCUCCUGAGCCACGAGAUGUUCAACCCGUUCUACUGCCUCUUCGAGUACUCGGCGCACGACAACUACACGCUCCAGAUCAACCCCAACUCGUCGAUCAACCCAGAGCACCUCAACUACUUCAAGUUCAUCGGCCGCGUCCUGUCGCUCGCCGUGUUCCACCGCCGGUUCCUCGACGCCUACUUCAUCACGGCCCUGUACAAGAUGAUCCUCAAGAAGAAGAUCACGCUCGCCGACAUGGAGUCGGUCGACGCAGAGAUGUACCGCUCGCUCGCGUGGAUGCUCGAGAACGACAUCACGGACGUCCUCGAGAACACGUUCUCGGCCGAGGACGACCGGUUUGGCGAGACGGUCACGAUCGACCUCAAGCCCGACGGGCAGCACAUCGAGGUGACCAACGACAACAAGAAGGAGUACGUGCAGCUCAUCGUCGAGUGGCGCAUCCAGCGGCGCGUCGAGGACCAGUUCAAGGCGUUCCUGAGCGGCUUCAACGAGUUGAUCCCGCAAGAGCUCAUCAACGUCUUUGACGAGCGCGAGCUUGAGCUCUUGAUCGGCGGCAUGAGCGAGAUCGACGUCGACGACUGGCAGAAGCACACCGACUACCGCGGGUACCAGCAGACGGACGAGGUCGUCCAGUGGUUCUGGAAGGCCGUCAAGUCGUGGCCGACCGAGAAGAAGUCGCGCCUGCUCCAGUUCACGACGGGCACGAGCCGCAUCCCGGUCAACGGCUUCAAGGACCUGCAGGGCUCGGACGGCCCUCGGCGGUUCACGCUCGAAAAGUCGGGCGAGGUGACGCAGCUCCCCAAGAGCCACACAUGCUUCAACCGGCUCGACCUCCCGCCGUACCCGGACUACGACACGCUCGAGUCCAAGCUGGCGUUUGCGAUCGAGAACACGAUGGGCUUCGGGCAGGAGUAAAGCGUCGCACAUCGUGCGCCGCAUCGUCGUCGUCGUCGUCGUCGCCCUCGCCGUUCGCCGUUCGCCAUGGACACUCUCCUGCCUCGCCUUUGCCCUCCCCUCGCCCCUGUACAGCAACACCUCGUCGGCCUCUCGACACGCUCGACACCAGCAGUCGUCGACGGCGAGGUACCCUCCCCCUGCCCCUCGCCGCCUCGCCUCCUUCUCUCUCUCUCUCUUCCCGCGUUUUCUGUGCUCCUGUACUCUCAGCCACCCUACCCCGCCCUUGUGUCUCUCUCUCCUCUCUCUGCCUCCCACUCGCGUCCCCUAUUCCUUGCAACGUCUGUUCUCGUGCACCUU